GACACUCCGCUCUCAGUACUGAGUCUGGUUAGUGCUGCUACCUGUUGCUCGUUUUCUUCUGCAGUUCUACCAACUUACUAACAUAUAGGUGUCGUCAUCCAACUAAUGGAGGGAAUGAAAAGAGGUUAAACUAUUUAACCUUUGUGUUGGUGGAACUGAUUUUUGACGUAGCGCGCAGCUGAUUUUAGAAUCAAGAGCAACAGAAGAUCAGAACAGCGCAAGCGUUGCGUUGGUUCGGUGGCGAGGCAGUGAGUUGCUUGGAAACGUUUCGGUGUGAGUGUCUGUGAAGUGUUGUGAAGAUUCUUGUUGCAGUUCAUUUAGUAUUUAUGACGUAUUCAAAAUUAUUUGUAAUUUAACUAUACGCAAGAGUUUGUCCCGCCAACUAUGUGUUUAAUGAUUGUUGAAGCUAAUUUAAUGUGUACCAAGUUUUUCCAGUUCUUUUAACAAUUUAGUUUCUGAAAAUUACCCCGGGUGUUUUAAGGUUAGUUAAUGUUUAUUUUCAACAAUGGGGUUUUCCACGAAUCUACAAAGUCGCGGCGGGCAUGAAGCGCUCCUUGGAAGGCAAGAUGCUGAAUUGCGGUUGUUGGAGACAAUGCGGAGGUGUUUAUUAACCAAAUUGAGGUGCGAUCGAGAUUAUUCUUCUGCGUUAUGUGCUGUUACUGCUCAGGGUCAGAAGGUUGAAAGAGGCGAUGAGAACAAUUAUUUAACCGGCAGUUUGGUCGCUCAAGCUUGGAAAGGUGUGUUAGAGGAACUGGAAAAUGUUGCAAAACUAUUGAAAAUAAACGCUGAUAUAGUCGAGAAGGAGACUCUUGAGAAGUUAAAUACUUUGUACAUCGAAAAAAAGAAAGCCAGGAAAACUUACCAGGAUGAACACACCAGAAUUUCUCUUCAGAUGUCUAAUAUCACUGAAGAAGUUACAAGAAAAAAGGCAGAGUAUCAGAAACAGCUGGAAAACUACAGACAGAUGAGAUCUCGCUUUGAGGAUCAUUAUUUUAAAUCUGCCAAUGGCGAUGAAGAAGAUGAACUGCCUCACAGUAGAGUGGCUUUUUGUGGGAUAUAUUCAGGCAGAGGGGGGAGGAAGCUGGACGAUGUUCGAGACAAGUACCAGCGAGCUUGCCGCAAGCUACACCUUGUACACAACGAGUACGUCCUGCUACUGGUGGAAGCAGAGGAGAACGAGCAAAGUUUCCGUACGACCUUACUACCAGCUCUGCUACAACAGCAUCAGGCUAGCCAAGAACUCUUUGUCAAAUCUUGGAGGAAUAUAAUGCGGGAGAUUGCAAGAUUAUGGAACUUUGCUUCGAAAGAGUUUGUUGACAUAAACAACCGGGUGGAAGUGCAUGUGGAAACUAUAAAGCCUGCUGAUGAGUACAAAGACUUUGCUGAGAAGCACAAGUCUGUACCCACGGAGGUGGUGAGGUUCAGUUUUGACAGCUCACUGGUUGAGGAUACAAGCGGCAAGUUGCAGCCUAAUCUACUCACAGUGGACAACCUGACAAUUGAGUCGGUCCAAGCCAAGAUGGCGGACUUGGAAACUCGACUCAAGGAAGUGAAGGAACGUAAGGCUGCCUGCACACAAGAAACCAGUGAGCUGACCCUCAGUGGACUGUCGUGUGAAGAGUGUACCUUGAACAGACAACUGGAUGUUAUCCACAAGGCCUUCAAUGAAUUGGGCUGUGAAGAACCCCCGGCAGGCUGUGACUUACCUUUAGAUCACAGCUUUGAAAACGGCAACGUCAACGAUAACCAGGUACCAUUCCAUAACCUGUACCUCACCAGGCAACUGGCAAUAAGCAAGAAAUUUGAUUCAAUCAAGAAAGCCAGGAAUUCCUCUAAAACAUUGAUAAAUGAUGUGAGCCCCAUGAAGCGUAGUUCCCUGACGCAGCAGUCACUCAACUCUUCAACAUCGCUGGUGGACAUGUUGAGAAAACCGUUCCGGCGCAAGUCGGUGCCCAACUCUCCAGUGACAGGGCGUUCCGCCGACCCCAGUUCUGGUGUAGGUCAAUGCCCUGACGAUCUCGAGCCUCAGCCCCUAUCUCUGAUUGUGCCUGACACUCACUCUCACACUCGCUCCCGCUCUGUCAGCCUGCACUCACUUAAUGUGAUAGGGUCAUCAACUCGGUCAUUGGUGGAUGAGGAAUGGUUCCACGGAGUCCUGCCAAGGGAGGAAGUGGUCCGACUGCUCACCAGAGAAGGUGACUUCCUAGUAAGAGAGACUACAAGGAACACAGAACACGAGAUGGUGCUCAGCGUUUGCUGGGGAGGUGUGAGCAAACACUUCAUCGUUCAGACAACUCAGGAGGGCCAGUACAGGUUCGAGGGACCGGCGUUCCCGACGAUACAGGAACUGAUCUUGUACCAGCACCAGAGUGGACUGCCUGUCACCAGUCGGUCAGGAGCAGUCCUGCGUCAACCCAUUGCACGGGAGGUGUGGGAGCUGAACAAUGAUGACUUGCUGCUACUUGACAAGAUUGGCAGGGGAAACUUUGGAGAUGUCUACAAAGCACGGUUGCGAACAACCAACCAAGAGGUAGCUGUGAAGACUUGUAGGGUAACCGUUCCUGAUGAACACAAACGCAAGUUCCUCCAGGAGGGAAGGAUACUUAAACAGUACGACCACCCAAACAUCGUCAAACUCAUUGGCAUCUGCGUUCAAAAACAGCCCAUUAUGAUAGUUAUGGAGCUGGUUGUUGGAGGAUCAUUACUGACAUUUCUGCGCAACAAUGCAACAAACCUGGCACUGAAGCAGCAGUUGUUGAUGUGUAAAGACACGGCAGCAGGGAUGAGGUACCUGGAAAGCAAGAACUGUAUACACCGGGACUUGGCUGCUAGAAACUGUCUUGUCAGCUCAGACAACACAGUGAAGAUCUCAGAUUUUGGUAUGUCAAGGGAAGAGGAAGAAUACAUUGUUUCAGAUGGGAUGAAACAAAUACCCAUCAAGUGGACUGCUCCAGAAGCACUCAACUUUGGCAAGUAUACAAGCUUGUGUGAUGUCUGGAGUUAUGGUGUUUUGACUUGGGAGAUUUUUGCCAAAGGAGGAACUCCCUAUCCUGGCUACAGCAACUCAAAAGCUAGAGAAAAAAUUGAUCAAGGUUACCGCAUGCCAGCACCAGAUGGUACACCAAACGAAAUGUACCAAUUGAUGUUGCGGUGUUGGGAGUACCAACCAGAAAAUCGACCUCACUUCGACCAAAUCUUCUCCAUUGUGGACAAAAUAUGCUCAAAUUAUAGGUAGCAACAGCUAUUUCACAUGUGGGUAUAGUCUAGAGUAGCUCAAGUCAAAAUUGGUUCCGUUUAAUGUAACUCAUCAAAUAAACUAACUGACCAUUUAAAAUAAGUGUCAUGUGAAAAUUAAUAGAUUUAGGACAAAGCUUGUUAAUUUCAGAGGCUUGGAAUCCGAGGGGUGUAAUAUAAAAUCCACUCUAUCGCAACAUUUUUACCAAACUUGAAUUGAACUUGAUUACCAUCGAGUUGAAAGAAAUGUUUCUUCGAAUAUCUUACUGUAAGAAUUAUGAUGUAAGCAAACAAAUAUCAUUAUUUUUUUGUUUAUUUUGAAUGCUCUUGACAAGCCACAUCACAAAAAUACAUUUUAAUAAGAAAUUUUCCAUAGAGACAUUACUUUUGCACCGAAGAUAACAAGUAUAGUGUGGAAAGAGCUAAAAAUUCAAUAUUUUGUUGCCAAAAGAUUGUAGCUGUACACUUAUCCUGUUUAUUAACCCUACACCAGGAAUGUAAAGGAAUAUAUGCAACCUAUACAUGUUGUGAUAAAUAUACUUAAACAACUGAUAAUUGAUUAUAUGUUACAAUCCAAACCAGAGUAUGUACAGCACUUUCUAGUUAUUAUGUUAUUCGAAGAUUGCUUGUUGCAUCAGAAUUCUGCGUCAGCUUUCAAAGAUUUAGUGAGAAUCAACCAAUAUAAUACAUGGAUUCAAUCCCUCGGCAUUCCUACCCCUCUGAAAUAUUUUGUGAAUCUCGUACAACACUGUGAUAAAAAAAGUCAAUUUUCACAACACAAAGAACUGAUAAGUAGGUUUCAGUUUAGGUCACUUGAAGUUUUGCCUUUGUAUAGUAAUACAUUGAAAAGGUUUGUUUGGGAAGUAAUACAUAUAAUGUUUGGCUAACUGUGAAAUCUCUGUUAUUGAUUGAGAUUUGUUCUAUACACGACAGAAGUUCUUAGUUUUUGGAAGAAAUAUCUUGAGAAAUAUUGUAAUAUUUAAAUGGAAUGGUAUUAUGUUUCUGCAAGUAAAUUGCUAAAUUUUAGCUUUCCAUUUUCUAUGUCGUUAAAUCACUCCAGUCAAUGUUUUAAUAUUUGAAACAGAAAGGAAAAUAAUUACAAAAAUAUAAAUUUUUAAUUUAUCUGAGAACUCAUUAUGAUUACAUGAAGCAUUUUAUUAGCUUUCCCUACUAAUAUUUAUGUCAUGUCAUUUUUAUUAUCACGCUUGAACAUUUUGAGAUUACAAAUUUGUUUGAAAAUGUAAUUAUUUAACAUGUUCAAUCCCAGUAGCAUUGUGCAAUUGACAGAUUCCUGAAAAUGUUCAGUUACGUUGCAAUUAAUACUUUAAAAUGCCUGUAGUUUUACCCCCAUACGUAUCUCCCAUCUUUACAUUGUUUUAUUGUUAUUUUUCAAUAUUUAUUUGUAUUAUUUGUGUAAACUGUUACUAAUCAAAAUAUUUAUCCCAAAUUUAUAAUACAUCUUACUGUAAACAAAAUUUUGAAAAAUGUAUAAUAAUAUAGCACUACCAAAUAUUUUUAACUAACAAUUAAUUAUAAUUUAUUAAAUAAUAAGAAUAACUCCUUUUAAUAUACCUGUUUUAAAUAUUUAAUACCAGUUUUAAAGUAUAUGCGUUAUGGCAAAAUAUUAUAAUUUAUAAUGUAAAAUGAAUUUCAGAGACACGGUUGCACAUUUGUAAAAUAUCAUUGUACUAAUAUUUAAUUUGCCUUGGAACAAUUGUAGUGCUAAUUAAAUAAUAUUAAUGUAAAACAAUGUAUCAUAAGUUUUGAAACACCAUGUGUUGGGGUCGAACAUGUUAAAAAGGCUAAGUAGACACAGAAAUAUUCCAAGGUUAAAGGUAUGGAAGAAUGUACCAACAGUUUAGUAUUUUAAACAAAAUAUUCCUUAUAAAUUAUAGAAAAGAAAAAAAUUGUAAAGAAAUAGCCAUGUAAUUGUAUUCACACUGUUCAGCUUAUUGAGUUUGUUUUUGCAUAAUACGAGGGUUGUCAGAAAAGUAACCGUGACACUUCUCUCUACCUCAAUCUGAGCCAAUCUUAUUGAGGUGACAAAGACAAUUCCUUUAAGUAUAUGCCAUCAGUAAGCCAUUGCCAUUAUCAUUUACUUGGUUUACAGGCAAAACAAACAAAUUUGGUGUAUUUACAGAGUGGCAGGACUUCAUUUUCCUGUAGUAAAAGGGUCUGAUAGAAAAACUUGUAUCACUCAGAGAGUAAUUACUGAUAUUCUGUCUGAAUCAGUUCACAGAGUGUUAAUACCUGAUUGAUCCAUAAUAUUCAAAACACUUCUAACCGUUCCAUAACCACUCAACUUUUCCUGCCGCAUUUACUUUGUUUAGUUUCUGAUUACAGCCACUGUAACACUGGAUAAGGUUCUGGUAUUUAUUGGCAAAGAAGGUAUACACAUCGAUAAAAUACUGUAAAAUGUGAGUGACAGUGCAAUAACUUUUGUGAAAACAUUGUACGAAAUUGAAAUUAACUAUUGAUCUUAGGUCGUUAUGUAGAUUCAAAAAUAAGCGGCUAUAGUCCAUUUGUUUGAAUAUGGUGGUGGCCAAUUGAAAAUUGUGCAGAUCUCUUGUUGACAAAGUUUUCCAGUCAUAACUGUUUUUAAACUUCUCAAUUACUAUGACAGUUUUGUAAACCCAAUUAUUGUAAACUAUGAUCACAUAUGUAUUUAUCUGUGAACUGUUUUAAAGUAGUAGUCUUUAAAAUAUUGUGCCAUUUUUCUGGUACCAAUGAUUUACACUUAAAACACUUGCAAAUCUGGUCAUUCUUUUGCAGAACUUCAUAGCUAAACUAAUAUUUUAUUUUUGUGAUAAUAAUACUCAUUUUUUUCUGUGAACACUUUUGUCUGUGUGUGCUUGUUUGACCGUGGAUGUUUGUCCAUGUAUAUUGACAGUCCUACUGCAGACAACUUCUUUUGUUUUUUUCAUUUUCCUUUUAAUUAUGAUUUGGUAAACAUUCAUAAUGAAUGAUUACUAUCUGGAUAACCCUCGUAACUCAAGACACAAUCUUUAAUAAAUUUUCAACAAUAAAUGUUAAACUUGUGUGAUUAAAAAUUAUUUUCUGUGCUCAACAUUUCAGUUCUGUCACACAGUUACUUACUGAUAAAUAUUAUGCAUGUACUGUCACUUCUAUGAAAAUUCUUCAUAAAAAAUUCAUUAACUGUUGUAAUCAGCUUAUUUAAGGAUUCUGUUAUUACAUUUAUUGUGCUUUUAUUAGUCUUUUCAUAUUCUAACAUACCAGAGUUAAUGAUUUUGUUACAUUAUUAUCUCUAUGUACUUUUUAAGAACUAUUUUUAAAUUAUACUUAUAGUUAUAAAAAACUUUGUGUCAUAGUUUGUUACCAUGAAGGAUUAUAUAUUUUAAAUAUUUAUUUUAGUGUAAAUAUAUUGCUGUUAAUUUAAAUAAAUUGUGCUUGAUAAUGUAAGAGAUUUUGUAUAUAGAUUCAUUCAUAUUUAUUAUUCUGCAAGUUGAAUUUGAAUUAUGUAUUGACUUUGGGCAUUACAUGUAUCCUUUGUAUACAAAAACCAACCAUUUACACUAUGAAUGAAGAAAAUAAAUUAUUACUUACCUAUUCUCAGUUUUUAACAGGAUUUUAUAUUUUAAAUGUUUUGCUGUUCAAUCUUCAAUGGUGCAAUAUAUUUUUACUAUGUUGUGUUUUGAUGUAGUUAAUAUAGUUUUUAUUGAUAAUGUUUCUUUAUGUUCAUCCAUAGUCUAUUAUUGAUUCUAUGAAUAAAUAAAACAUUUCAACUGAUUGAUACACCA